UCCAUUAGAAUUAUUUGAAUUUUCACUAGUAGGUGGUUGGGCAUUAAAAGAAGUCCAAAAAUUGAGAAGAAUGAUAGUGUUGAUAGGAACUUCUGGUGUUGUUACUGGAGAUGUGAUCCAUUUAAAAGGUUUUGUAGUUGUGUCUAAUACAACUAAUUCAGGAGUAGGUGUUGCUAGUAUUGCAG